GAUGGAGUAGCUUUUUCUUUUUUACUUAAUAGCUUCAGUGUUGUCCUGGCAUUCGUUACUCUCAUUUCAGAAUCAAGUGGUAACAGGAAGGUCAGGUGAGUGUGGGCUGCCUAGGAGCUGUACUUAACUGCCUUCUGUUUCACAAAAGGACCUUUUCUCCCUAUAUCACAAGACCCUUAAUGUCGUUGUUCUUGCUUUGAAUUAUGGGUGCUGGGAGAAACUAAACGAAGCCGUCACUGAGCAAUACACCCACAACCCAUAGACCGAUAGGAACCUUCGCGUGGGGGGAGUUGGUUACUUUUAGGCUGCACGAAGAGGCGGGGCCACGCGGGGCGGAGCUGGGGGUGGUCUGUGGGUCCGGGCGGGCUUCGGGUAGUUCCUGGGUCCGGGGAGCAGACGAUCCGCUGGCCACAUUAGGCGCUCGGUCUUUGCGUCCGCCCCUCCCCGUUCCUCAAAGACUUGCGCUCCCCAGGCCCGAGCCCCUGUCGGCCCAUCCUCGAGCCCCUGUGGCCCGCGAACCUCUAAUUCCAGCUGCUGCAGCCCCCUCCCAGGCCCAGCGUCCCCGAGCCCCGCGGGCGCCGCGCCUGCCCUUCUUUGGCCACGCGGCAGCCGCGGAGUCGGCGAGUCCUCCCGGGUUGCCCCUGCGGGCGUCAGAGGGAGGGCGGGCGCCCGCGUGGUGACGGCGACGCCUGCCGCCCGAGGAGCGCUCCACUCGCCGCCGCCGGAGGGGCCGGUGACCUCUCGGCUGCCCCGCGUCGGAGGCUUAGAUGGCUCAGGCGAAGAUCAACGCUAAAGCCAACGAGGGGCGCUUCUGCCGCUCCUCCUCCAUGGCCGACCGCUCCAGCCGCCUGCUGGAGAGCCUGGACCAGCUGGAGCUCAGGGUUGAAGCUUUGAGAGAAGCAGCAACUGCUGUUGAGCAAGAGAAAGAAAUCCUUCUGGAAAUGAUCCACAGUAUCCAAAAUAGCCAGGACAUGAGGCAGAUCAGUGACGGAGAAAGAGAAGAAUUAAAUCUGACUGCAAACCGUUUGAUGGGAAGAACUCUCACCGUUGAAGUGUCAGUAGAAACAAUUAGAAACCCCCAGCAGCAAGAAUCCCUAAAGCAUGCCACAAGGAUUAUUGAUGAGGUGGUCAAUAAGUUUCUGGAUGAUUUGGGAAAUGCCAAGAGUCAUUUAAUGUCGCUCUACAGUGCAUGUUCAUCUGAGGUGCCACAUGGGCCAGUUGAUCAGAAGUUUCAAUCCAUAGUAAUUGGCUGUGCUCUUGAAGAUCAGAAGAAAAUUAAGAGAAGAUUAGAGACUCUGCUUAGAAAUAUUGAAAACUCUGACAAGGCCAUCAAGCUAUUAGAGCAUUCUAAAGGAGCUGGUACCAAAACUCUGCAACAAAAUGCUGAAAGCAAAUUCAAUUAGUCUUCAAACCCAACAGCAUUUACACAAUACAUAUGGUGUAAAAAUGGUAAAAUAUUAUUUUAAUUGAUAACUAGUUCUUUAUGUUAGAUAUAACCACUUAGUUGAUACUGACAGUUGUUUCAGAUGAGGAAAAUAUUCCAUCAAGUAUCUUCAGUUUUGUGAAUAACAAAACUAGCAAUAUUUUAUCUAUCUAUCUAGAGAUUUUUUAGAUUGAAUUCUCGUCUUGUACUAGGAUCUAGCAUAUUUCACUAUUCUGUGGAUGAAUACAGUUUGUGGGGGAAAACAAGUGUUCAGCUAGGGGCAAAAGCAUCACUGCCUUUUCCUGUGCUUUGGCGUGGAAUCACGCAGUCACCUUGGGCAUUUAGUUGACUAGAAAUUCUUUACCUUAAGCAGCACACACAUUUACUACACACACAGUGUUAACAGAGCACUGUGCUUAGAGGGAUAAAAAGGAAUCACAAAACAAGAAUCUUUCCAAAGUUGUCUCAUUCCGCAAUGUUAAGGCAUCUGUAUCAAAUUAUUUUGGAUGUAAAGAUUCCUGUGUCUCAUAAUAUGAAUGUAUUUUUUGAUAUACAAGAAACUAUGACAUAAAAUGUGAGAAAACCACCUAUAAUUUGCCACUGUGAACAAUUACAUAUCUGCUUCAUCUUUUCUCAAAUGCAUCAAUUCUCUAGAAUUCCUAUAUUGUAACUUGCCUUUUUUAAAAAGUUAGAUGCUGAUAUAAAGUCUGCUUGUCAACUUAAUGAGCUCUAUUUUGUGUAGUUAUAUCUUUCUUUAUCCAUUCCCAUCUUAUGGAGAUUAGGUUGCUUCCAGCUUGUUGCUAUUACUGCAACAUAUUUUGUACGCAGGGCUUUUUCCUUCUUUUGUUUUCGAUUUUCUCUGUAUAAAGGCCCAGCAGUGAAUUAUACUGGAUCAAAGGGUAUAGACAUUUUCAUGGCCUCACACACUUUAUUAAACAUUUUUUGUACAAAGGUUA